AGCAGCAGGACAGCUGAGCAGGGAGAGUCGGGCUGUGAGGAGCCAGUGCGUCUGCAUGUAUCUGCGUGCGUCUGCGUGCGUCUGCAUGUAUCUGCGUGUGUCUGUACCUUUCUGAGGGGACAUCGAUGUUUCUGUCAGAACGUGUAGCAUCCAGGCCACAGGACCUGCUUGUAUCCAUAGGCCUUCCAUGCCUCCGCAUGUCUGAGUCUCUCUCAGACCAGUGACGCCUCCCGGGAGCCUUCGGGAGGGGUGAGCGCACUUUAAAUUGCUGCCUGAGAGUUAUUUCGGGCUGUGUGAAUUUUGCUGUGGGUGCACGAGGGCCAUCUCUGGGGUUAUGAUGCGUGCGAAGGGCAGAGACUCUUUGAGGGGGUCUGCGCAGGGCUCCGGCCGCGUGCGGGCGUGCCCAUCCUAGUCUGCGUGCUGCGAUGCGUGUACUCCCAUGAGCGCUGGGCGGCGCGGUGGCCAGGAACCUGCCGCUCUGUGUCCGGCGCCCCCCCUCUAUGGAUCCCCGGUUCUGGCUGUGCCUCAUGAAGCGAUUCUGCCCGUGUCUCUGCGGACUUGCGAGCCAGGACUGGAGUAAAAGCGACGAGAGGCUGUUGCAGGCGGUGGAGCAGAAUGACCUGGAAAAAGUCGCCGCCCUGCUGGUGAAAAAAGGACUCUGCGCUUCCAAACUAGAUGGAGAGGGGAAGUCGGCGUUCCAUGUGUGUGCGGCCCAGGGUCGCCUGGACUGUCUGGAGAUCAUCCUGUCCCAUAACGUGGACGUCAUUGCCACAGACAGUGCUGGCUCCAACGCCCUUCACCUGGCAGCCAAGAACGGGCACUCUGAGUGCGUGAAGAGGCUCUUGCAGGAGAGGGUGUCUGUGGACUCCACCGACUGUUUCGGUAGGACAGCUCUGCAUCAUGCCGUGGUCUGUGGUUGCCUGUCCUGCACUGAGAUUUUGUGGGAUUUCAAGGCGUGUCUUGAUGCUCAGGAUGGGGACGGGGCUACACCGCUGUUGCUGGGUGCACAGAUGAGCCGCGUGGAACUGUGUGCCUUCCUAUUGGAUCGUGGGGCCAUGGCCAACCUGCAGGACAACCAGGGCCGGACGGCCCUCAUGCUGGCCUGUGAGAGCGACAGCGUGGAGACGGUGGAGGUGCUGCUCAGGGGUGGAGCCAACCCUCUGCAGACCGACGCCCUGGGACACAGUGCCGCUCACUACAGCGUCGUUUCCGGCAACCGGUACAUCACACGCCUCCUGCAAGACGCAGCCAAGGAGGGCGCAGGAGAGGAGCCUCCGCCGCCCCCUCCGCUGCCUGGCCGCUCCACACCCCGCAAGCGGAAGGCCCCCCCUCCGCCCAGCUCCCCUUCUCAGGGCUCUUCAACUUCCCCGGAGCCACAGAGGCCCUCUCCGGCUGCUCAAUCCCCUGACAUACAGCGCCCCCCUCAGGCCAGCCUUACGGAGGAUGAGGAGGUGUUCGAAGAGAUCCGAAGGCUGAGGCUGGAACGGGGACGCCUGCUUCAGAAAAUCAAGGGACUGGAGCAGCAGCAGCAUAGCGCCCACUCUGCACUGGAGGAGCUGUGUCUGCUGAGGGAGCGGCUUGGGCAGGCCGAAGCCGACCGAGAGCGGCUGACGGCAGAGAUGGAGGAGCUGAGAGGGCUACAGGCGGCCAGCGACUCGGAGGACAUGGAGGACAUGCUGGACUUCCCGGGUGCGGACCGACUGCUCUCCAGACGUUCCCGGGCUUCCGAUCCUGAGUCGGAACCAGGCCAGGCUGACGCCGCCUCCCAUGGAGAGUCUGAGUCUUCCUCCGGCCCUCGCAGCCGGAAGGAUCUGGAGGCUUUGGUGGAGAAGCUCACUGCCCAGAAUACUGAGCUGGUCCUCAAAGUCAAGAUGCUGGAAACGUUCGAGAAGGACGACACUGACAUGCAGAGCUCCGGGCCGGACUUCGUGCCCACGGUGCUCUAUGACUCCCUGAGGAAGGAGUUCGAUGAGCUGCAGGAGCGCUACUCCCAGGCCCAGGCUGUGGCCGAGGCCUCCAGCGUGACAGGAGAACAGGGAUGCAUUCAGGAGAUGGAGGGGGAGCAGGGUGAGGCUGAGAGUGCCGGCGAGCUGAAGGAGAAGCUGAAGGAGAUGGAACAGCGGCUGGCUGAGACCCAGACAGAGUUGGAGGAGCUGAAGGAGCAGGUUCAGGUGGGGGUCUUCUCCGUGGAGCUCAGUGAGGGCCAGCACCCUGGCAUGCAGCAUCUGAUGGAGCGGGUGAAGGAGCUGGAGGAGGCCCUGGCAGAGAAGCAGAGAGAGGAGGACGCCACAAUGAAGAGGCUUUUGGAGAGGGUGCACGAGCUGGAGUCCACCCUGGAACAGAGGGAGGCGCAAGGGGAGAGCGAGGGAGGAGGUGACAGAGAGCAGGAAGGAGAGGUGGUGCGUAGGCUGCAGGGCAAAGUGGAGGAGCUGCAGGCUGAUCUCCAGGAGUGCGUCCCCCGGGUGGAGCUCGAGGAGAUGCAGCUGACCAUGGGGCUGCAACUGGAGCAGCUGGCCAGUGAGCGUGCAGAGGCCUCACUGCGGCUAAACGACGCACUGUUGGAGCUGGAGAAGCUGCGGCCCCCUCCGCAGGGCGACGGGGAGGACGAUGAGGACGAGGAGGAGCAUUCUGAGGGAUCAGAUCCCUCCAUCACAUCAGAUCGCUCUGUUCAGAUGUCCGCCGGCAGCACCCUGGCUGCGGUGAGAGAGGAGCUGGAGGUAGCGCGACAGGAGGCGGCUCAGGCCCUCGACUGCCUGUGCGCAGAGCGGGAGGGACGGGCACAGGACGCCCUGCAAAUGAAGGAUGCAGUACCACUGUCCCAGCACCAGGAGGCGCUGUCCGCACUCACCAGUCAGCUGGAAGAAGUUGCUCAGGAGCUCGAGGCAGAAAGACACAAGCAUGGACACACUCAGCAGGAAGUAUCCAGGCUGGAGGCGGAACUGCAGACCACGAAACGGGACUUUAUAUCCAAAGAGGAGCAUGAAAAAGUCAAGACGGCGCUAGAGCGCUCCCUGCAGGACAGUGAGAGCAGUGUGCAGGCAGCCCAGGAUGUGCUAAGUGAAAAGGAGGCGGAGCUGAAGGAACUUAGGUCCCAGAGGGCUGCCGAGCGGGGCAUGGUGUCCAAGGAGGACCACGAGGCUCAGCGGGUCUCCCUGCAGGCCGAGAUCAACGCCCUGGGCGCCCAGAUGGUGGAGCUCACACGCAAGCACGAGAAGACCUGCACGGAGGUGUUCCAAGUGCAGAGGGAGGCCCUGUUCAACAAGAGUGAGCGCCAGGCAGCGGAAGAGCAACUGGUGGCCACUCAGAAGCAGCUGGUGGACCUGCAGGCCCAGUCCAGCCACGUGCAGGAACUGCACAAGGGCAUCCAGGACUCUCAAGGCCUGAUCAAGGAGAAGGACCGCAAGAUCACGGAACUGUCCAAGGAAAUAUUCCGCCUCAAGGAGGCUCUGGGAGCUCUCUCUCCCCCUCUGGGCCUGUCCUCUUCAGGCUCCUCCAGCCAGCAGGUGGCGCUGCAGAACCACGUGACCGUACUUACGCAGCAGCUCCAGGAGUGGGAGCAGAAGCACCGGGCCGUGGUGUCUGUGUACCGCGCUCACCUGCUGUCAGCUGUGCAGGGUCGAAUGGACGGGGAGGUGCAGGCCUUGUUACUGGAGAUCCUCAGGAUGUCACAGAAGGAGCAAGGCUGAAAGCUGCACCCCCGAAUAGACCUCCUCCUACUGAAAACCAACCUUGUGCCGCAGCGGACUAGUUACGGCGUAAAACCGUUAGAUGGAAUAUAUUAGUUGUCGGACCCAAGAAGAGAAUUCUGAUUCAUCACCUUUGCCCCCUGACAACAAUAGUGCAAUGAGGCGUGACAGUCUUGUCUGAAUCACUGACAGGUAGCGAUUUCAUGCCUUCAUUUCCAGCCACCCGCCUGACUUUCUUUUGUAUUAUAUUCCUACAAUAAAGAGAGAUGAUGACCUGCAA